ACCUGUGGUGAGAAGUAACACCAGUCAUCAUGGAAAGAAAAAUCCUUUGUUUGAUUUUUUUUUGGGGAUAUUUGCAUGCAUCGUCUGGACAAGCUGUCACCACUUCAACUCUGGCUGUAACCACUUCACCUGCAGCUACCACGACUCCAUCUCUAAACGACACAACUGCAGCAACUCCUUCUCCAGCUCUAAACCCCACAACUGAAGCAACUCCUUCUCCAGCUCUAAACACCACAACUGAAGCAACUCCUUCUCCAGCUCUAAACACCACAGCUCUAAACCCCACAACUGCAGCAACUCAUUCUCCAGAUCUAAACACCACAACUGCAGCAACUCAUUCUCCAGCUCUAAACACCACAACUGAAGCAACUCCUUCUCCAGAUCUAAACACCACAGCUCUAAACACCAUAACCGCAGCAACUCCUUCUCCAGCUCUAAACACCACAGCUCUAAACAUCACAACUGCAGCAACCCCGACUCCGGUUCCAAUCAUCCUAACACCCCUGCCUUCAUUUGAAACCACCCCAGGCUUUGCCUCACUGGCAUAUGUGGAGAUGAAGAUGACUUCCAUUGGAGAGGUCAGCAAUGGAACCAUCAUUGAACUUAUUAAACAGUUUGUUAGAGAACAGCUCCUGAAUAGAACAGCCCAAACAGUCACUGUGACAAAGAUUCAAAGGGUUGGAGCAACAACUGCAGCCCCCACAACUCUGGCUGUAACCAAUUCAACUACAGCCACCACGACUCCAGCUCCAAACACCACAGUUGCAGCAACCACAACAAUACCAGCACAAACCACCACAACUGCAGCCCCCAUAACUCCGGCUGUAACCAAUUCAACUACAGCCACCACGACUCCAGCUCCAAACACCACAGUUGCAGCAGCCACAACAAUACCAGCACAAACCACCACAACUGCAGCCACCACAACUCUGACCACAACCACCACAACUGCAGUAACUACCACAACUUGAGCCACCACAACUCGGCCAGCAACCACAACUGCACUGCAGCCUCCACAUCUCUGGCUAAAUAAUGUUUAUAGAUGCUUUACACAGUAUUUACAGUUUUUUCAAUUGUUUACGCACAUUUUCUGAAAGCAUACCUCAUAUGCUCAGAACACACAAAUCCAAAAGCACAUAAGCUGAAACACCACAAAUCUCCUUCAAAAUUAAACUGCCUUCAAAACAAUCAUAUGUCUCCCCAAAUGUCAUUUUGUGUUAAAAUGACACACACACACACACACACACCCACACCCACACACACAAACCAUCAUAUAAAUAGACAAGAACCAAUUGAACACUGAUGCGCUCAAUGUAAAACACUACUAUGAAUGCAAAACACUAUUCGUUAUCAGGAGACCUAUGUCUUUUGCAAGUUCACUGUUACUCCUACGAAGUCCGUAAAAUUAUAUAAUAUCAAAUAUAAUAUCUGUAAGAAAUGUGCCUGUGUUUAUACUCAAAUUCAAACACACACAAAUAUAAUGUUAUAUAAACAAAAAUGUUUAUUUUCCCACAGAAUAUUUUAUACCCCCCAUCAUACAUAAAGCUGAUUGUAUAAAAUGUUCUACAAUAGAAAUAUGAUGUAUACAGUAAAAAAGACAGAAAGAAGA